AUGACCCGGAUCUAUUUAAUUAUUAAGUAUGAGAAUUUAACGAGAGAGUUUCGCAGAGAUCUCUGGUCAACUUUUCUAUCUAAGGAGUACGAACUUCGACGAUUAGAGUCUUUAGCUCUAAAUAGACGAGAGAUCAAAAAUAUCGCAGUAAUUAUAUACGCUCUCGCUAAGGCUGACGUUAACCAGGUGAACUACAAAUACUUGAAGUUAGCCGCCGAAUCAAAUAAGAAAUUUUCAAAGGAGUUUAGUAGAGAGAGGCCUACGGAUGGAAUAUAUAUCUAA